UUCUAUUUCUUCUCCUUCUUCCUUCCUUUUCCCUCACCUCUCCUUCCCCUUCUUCUUUCACCACCACAGUAAAUUGCACCAUUGAAUUGGAGCCCCCACCAAUUGAAGAAAUAGAAAGAAGCUGAAAUUUCUGCAACUUUGCGAGUAGUUGAAGGCAGCCAUUGAAGGAGACGAAGCUAUUUCAAUGGAGAAGCCCAAACUACUUAUCCUCUACGCUACUCAAACUGGAAAUGCUAUGGACGCUGCUGAGCGCAUCAGCCGUGAAGCUGAGCGCAGAUGUUGUCCUGUCUCUCUCCUCUCAAUCGAUCAAUUUGAUCCCAGUUUCUUACCCAAUCAAGGAACUGUAAUCUUUGUUGUCUCCACCACGGGCCAGGGUGACACACCUGAUCAGAUGAAGGUGUUUUGGAGGUAUCUGUUGCAAAGGCACCUUAUUCGAGGCUGGUUGGAAGGGGUCCACUACGCAGUUUUUGGAUUGGGAGACUCGGGAUACCAGAAAUACAAUUUUGUUGCAAAGAAGUUGGACAAAAGGCUUUCAGAUCUUGGCGGAACACCUAUUAUUGAAAGAGGACUUGGAGAUGAUCAGCAUCCUUCAGGGUAUGAGGGAUCUCUAGAUCCUUGGAUGUCCGCAUUAUGGAGUUCAUUGAAUCAAAUCAACUCAAACCUCUUUCCAAAUGGAGUAGAUUUUGUUCAAGAUGUAAAACUGAUGAAUCAAUCUAAAGUUGUUGUAACGUAUCAUGUCAAUAAUGAAGCAAGUUCACUAGUCUCAACUACUUCAGAUUUGGAGUCCAGGAAACUGCAAAUUGAGAGUGCUCGCUUGAUGUCUCCUGCGAAAUUUCCUGUGGAUAAGAGUAGGCCUCACUGCUGGUUAAAAAUGACAAGAAAUUGUUCAUUAACACAAGCAGGCAGUGGGAGAGAUGUUCGCCAUCUUGAAUUUGAGUUUCAUUCACUUGCAAUUGAAUAUGAAGUUGGUGAUGUUGUUGAGAUACUUCCAUCUCAAAAUCCUGAUGCUGUAGAUGCAUUCCUAAGUCGCUGUAACUUGGAACCUGAAGCAUUCAUCAAAGUUCAAUCGAGAGAUUUUAGCAAUGAUGUUGCUGCUGAUGCAUCUAGCUUGGCCAUCAAACUAAGAACAUUUGUGGAGUUGACCAUGGAUAUUGCCUCAGCUUCCCCUAGACGUUAUUUCUUUGAGGUUAUGAGUUACUUUGCCACUGCUGAGCAUGAAAAGGAAAGACUAGAAUAUUUUGCUUCACCCGAGGGCCGAGAUGAUUUAUACCAAUAUAACCAGAAGGAAAGAAGAACUGUCCUUGAGAUUCUAGAGGAUUUCCCGUCUGUCCAAAUGCCAUUUGAAUGGUUGGUCCAGCUGGUUCCCCCUUUGAAAACUAGAGCCUUUUCCAUCUCUUCCUCUCCUGUUGCCCAUCCUAAUGAAGUGCACUUGACUAUGAGUGUGGUGUCAUGGAUGACACCUUAUAAGAGGAAGCGGUCUGGUCUUUGCUCGAAGUGGCUUGCUGGACUUGAUCCUCAACAAGGAGUUUUUGUUCCAGUGUGGUUUCAAAAAGGCCUACUUCCUGCCCCAUCGCCGUCACUUGCGCUUAUUCUCAUAGGACCAGGAACAGGGUGUGCUCCUUUCAGAGGGUUUGUGGCAGAGAGAGCUAUCCAGAGUCAAUAUGGUCCAACUGCUCCAGCUCUUCUCUUUUUCGGUUGCCGGAAUAAAGAAGAUGACUUCCUAUAUAGUGAUUUUUGGCUGUUCCAUUCCCGGGAUGGUGGCGUUCUUUCAGAAGAAAAAGGCGGGGGAUUUUACGUUGCAUUCUCAAGAGACCAGCCGCAGAAAGUUUAUGUACAACAUAAGAUGCAGGAGCAGAGGCAGAAAAUCUGGGAGUUGCUCAGUAAAGGAGCUUCUGUAUAUGUUGCUGGUUCCUCAACCAAAAUGCCUUCUGAUGUUAUGUCAAAAUUUGAAGAAAUCAUCAGCAAGGAAAGUGGAGUUACCAAGGAAGCUGCUGUGAGAUGGCUCAAGGCGUUGGAGAAGGCUGGUAGGUACCAUGUCGAAGCAUGGUCCUGACUCCUGAGACAUGUUAGAUACGAGAAACUCUUAAUUUAUAUCCCUGAUUUGGCAAUUGUGCAUAUUGCAAUGGCUUUUUUUUUGGUAAUUUUAUAUAUACAUACCCCUUCUUUUAGUCUAGGAGAUGUUAAUUUCCCUAAAAAUUCGAACAACACUGAAAAUUACGAAAAUCUCAAUACUGCUAAAUUUUGUGUUUUAGCAUUAGCCAUAGAUAAUGGAUAGUUUCCCAAUUUUUAUGAAAUAUGAAGUAUAUUUGUUGAAA